AUGAAUAACAUCAAGCCGCUGGGAUUCCUCUCCGGUUCGCCGGGAACCGCCCUCGACCGUUUCUAUCGGAACCCAAGUGAUGAGGAGGAGAGGAUGUUCAAUUUGGUCAACAUUAGACAUCUGUUCGAUAACUCCCAAGACUCUGGACUCGGUGAGGAAAUGAAAGCGUCGAGGAAAAGAUCUACAUCCAUCUGGAGCACGGAUGGAGAAGGUGGGGAGUCGGACAAUGUAAGUGAUUUUUUGGAUAAAGUUAUUCGACCGGGAGCUUGUUUUAGAGGAAUUUUUGAGGGACUUUGCUCAUUUAUGUCAUGGAUAAUAUAAAAUUUGAUACGAAACGAGUUCAAUCAAGUGUAACAUAAAUUUCAGUCGCUUUCCUGCUCUCCGGCCUCGGUGAACGAGACUCUAUCGGCUCCUCAGCCGUCCAGACAGCCGAUCAGUCUUCAGAAUCCCGAGCUCCGUCGUCUCUAUCCGGAUGUUGUGAAGACUUCCUCGGAUCCCAUCUUUCCCAAGGCGGAAGAACAGUUCUCGUCUCUUCACAACCCCGAUCUCAACCGUUUCUACUCUCCACCCAACAUCCAUGAGGCCAGAAAGUUCAAACUUGAUGGUCUGGCGUCGCUUUUCGCCCAAGAAUAA